AUGCCUUCAUAUCCGUCGCACGACGAUCGCCAACGAACCAAAAACGAGGGUGCUAAGGAAAAGGGCCAGGGUGCUGAGAAUGAGAUCCGUGUGACUGCGAGGCCUGGAAGCCGUGGUUACAUCACGUAUGCGUUAGCGCUCCUACGUGGUGAGGAGGGGAAACCGAAGUAUGACUCCGUGAAGAUCAGUGCUAUGGGUGCUGCUAUCCGCAGCGCGGUCGGCGUCGCGGAAGUGCUGAAGCGCCGUGUGGCUGGCCUUCAUCAGACGACCGAAAUCUCGUCUGAAGUUAUCCACGACACGUACGAGGGUAAUGAUGAUAAGACAGAGAAGAAGGAGGUGGAGCGGAAAGUUUCAACGAUUCUUAUUACGCUGUCGUUGAAGCCGCUGGAUGUGAACCACAUUGGUUACCAGGCCCCGCUCCCCGAGUCUGAGGUGAAGGAGGAAGAGGAACGUUCCCAAAUCAGUCGUGGGCGUGGUGGUGGUGGUGGCAGCCGUGCUGGUGGUCGCGGUGCUGGGCGAGGUGGCGGCAGCCGCGGUGGUGGUCGCGGUGCUGCUGGCAGCCGUGGGCGAGGUCGCGGCCGAGGUCGUGGUGGCACCGGCGGUGGUGCGCAUGGGAGUCAGCGGGACGGCAGCGAUUUGGGUGAAGGCAACUGA